AUGUCAGAAAAAACACGACAGGGCAAAUUGGCUGAAGCCAGGAAAAAGAAUGAGAACAAGAGCGCACUGCAGUUGGAGCAGCAAGUAAAGGAGCUGCAGGAGAAGCUGGGCGACCUGAAGGGGACAGUAGCCUCCGACCUAUCCAAGAAGGAAUCUGGAAGCCAGCCACCAGCUGCCCUCAUGCCCAGGGUGUUCCAGCAGGUGGUGGUGAAGAGCCAAGAGGCUCAGAGUCUGCAGCAGCAGCAGCGAGGCCAGUACCUGGGUCACCUGAAGCAGUACGUGGCCACUUAUCAGCAGCAGGUGGCAGCCUUUCAGCAGCUGACCUCUGAGAAGGAGGCGCUGCACAGGCAGUUACUGCUGCAGACCCGGCUCGUGGACCAGCUGCAGCAGCAGGAAGCUCAGGGCAAAGCAGUAGCUAAGAUGGCCCGCCAAAAGUUGCAGGAGACCCAGAGGAGGGAGUUUCUGAGGACAGGGACCCGAGAGGGACAACCUAGCAACCUCUGUGACUUCUCACCCUCUUUCCUGGUGCCUUAGGAGCACCUGGAAGCUACCAGCCAGCAGAACCAGCAACUACAGGCCCAGUUGAGCCUCAUGGCUCUCCCUGGGGAAGGUAUGGGAGACCACUCAGAGGAAGAGGAGAGAGCCCCAGGAGGAAGGGGGGACUGUUAGCAGUGUAGGAUUGAGGAGUUGGAAGAGAACUUUAAGAUAGCUGGUCAUUAUGCUGACCGGGUGUCUGCACUAAGUUUGGCAUCAAUAUGGUGACCUCCUGGGAGAGGGGGCCACCAGGUUGCCUAAGGACAGGAGAACUGGUCCAGGUCAGAAAGGGAGCAGGUCAGAAUUCCUGCACCAAUCGG